AUGAAUAUUUUAGAAUGUGUUUAUGAUCUUGUGGAAUUUGCUUUGUCAUUUCAAUCAACCAUGCGUCAACUUAAUGAAGCACAUUUAAAUUUUGCAUUUGAACUUCGAAUGGGUUUAAAUUUUGGACCAGUUGCAGCUGGUGUUAUUGGUACAACAAAGUUAUUUUAUGAGGGUGUGGGAUGGUUGUGGAUGAGUGCAGGUGGGUGUGAGAUGCCGGUCUAG